AACCGAUUGACCAUCAAAGCGAUAAUGGACAAGAACAAUUUUCCGGCUAAACUGACUGAACGACUAAUCCACCAAGUGAACCAGAUGAUGUCCAGCCAAACAUCGAAAGGUAAUAUAAGUUACCCGCUCAUUAGCAGGAUGGAAAUUGCUGGCACGUCGUUAUCAGCCGAUGUAUCGGAAAUUAACUCACCACCACCGAAUGCAAACUCGACCAGAAUAGACACAACAAUAACACCAGCUGUUCAAACACAGCCAAAGAAAAAUCGGUUUGCAGGAAUGGCUUACAUUCCCGGAUUAACUGAAGCAGUUGCAAAGCAAGUCGGAAAAUAUGCACCGGAUCUGAAAAUAGCCCCAAGACCUACAAAUAAGGUGGCCAGCAUUUUCUCCAAUAUGAAACACAAACUCAGACCAGGUCAAUGUUCGAAUGUGGUGUAUAACAUUCCUUGUCGGAACUGCCCCAGAAGCUACGUAGGAUGCACGUGUCGCCGGCUCGAUGACAGGGAUGUAGAACAUAAGAAAGACGUGGAAAACAUGGCCAAGAACAACAAAAAAACUGCACUGGUCUACCAUGUGUCCACCAAGAAACAUCAAUUUGAUUUUGCGAACAAAGAAAUUCUGAAAAAAGUCCGGUCAAAACGAACGAUCAAAAUACAUGAAGCGAACAAAAUCAUUCUUAAAGGAAAUUCAGCUGUGAACUUCAGAAAAGAUGCAGCUCAUGUAUCGCCAAUGUUCUACAAUCUGAUCGUGAAUAGUGGAAAACGCCGCCAUGUGAACCCCCCUCGAAGACGGAAUGAUGAAAUGAAUCUGCAACAGAUGUUUGAGUGACAGGUGAAAUUGUCAAGUGACAAACAUAAACAAACGAGACUGUAAGCAAGUGAUAAGGAAAAACCAAGAAAUUGAUUAAGUUUGUUUACAACCUAGUAGUAAGCCCUUGAAGAUGACUGGUCACACAGUCGAAAGCUAGGCUAAAAUUUGGUCACAUCAACUUUUGGAGUUUUAAUUUUGUCGAAUCCAGGCGAUACAACGCAAUAUCCAAUUUAAAUGAAUU